CUGCCGCUUUAGCUAGGAACAACAAUACUUUGCACAUGAUUUAUCAGCGAUCGGGACAGCCCCCAGCCCCCCGGUCAGGGCACCCAUCUCGUCGACACCUCAAUCCUACCUAUCCAGUUGACAGAAACGGAGGACUCGCAAACGGCUCGCCGUGGCAGUUGUCCAAUCCAAGACGGACAAGACGUGGCCAAUAGUCAACAGAUCAGUUUGUGCGUGACAAAAAGACGCGACCCACUUGCUUCGCGUCACCUGAACCAAGCUAAUGAGGGCACACUCGCUCCAGUAGAAGAGGCUACG